GGCUUCGAGGCGGUGCAUUCUAUUCUCCACAUACUUGGGCUUGAUCCCAGCAUCACUACACCGGAGGAUCUUGAUAACUUAGGGCCAAGAUUUGUCUGUCUCGAAUGUCCAAUUACAGGAAUCGGUCGCCACCUCAAAGGCCGUCACGUCUUGUCAUGGCGACAGUGUGUAUCUCACUUCAUUCCGAAUGCUCGAACGCACUACGAGCCUAGUUGGGAGCUUGUCCCACAAGUCCACUGGGAAACGAUUGCGCGCAGCGAGGUCAACCCGUCGUACAAUACCCCAUUAUGGGGUUGUAACCACUGCACGGUACACCUAGAGGAUUUGCAGACACGUGCCGCCGUCCUGAGCCACGUCCGAGAAAGCCAUACCGUCGCCAAACCGAACGAGGGCCAGGACUUCUUCCACGCCGUACCUGCCCGACGCGUGGGGUCGCGUCCA